UACUGUGUUUAUCGUAUUAUAUAAAUAUUUGACAUCUAGUGAAUUUGAAUUUGACUAUAAGCAGCUUUAUAGCUAAGAAUAUAACAAUAUAGCAGCAUCUGUUGUUUUGCAGGAUUUGUAGAAAUAACAAACAUACAGUGCUGAAAUGUGAACUGUGCAACUUACCUCAAUUACAGGUUAGAUUAUUGUUGAUGAUGGUAGAAAAUUCUCCCUCACCUCUGCCAGAGAGGGCGAUCUAUGGCUUUGUCCUCUUCCUGGGCUCCCAGUUUGCUUUUUUGCUUUAUUUAGUUUGGGCAUAUGUUCCUGAGACCUGGCUCCACGCUGUCGGCUUAACAUACUGGCCUCAGAAGUAUUGGGCUCUUGCCAUGCCGAUUUAUCUGCUGGUUGCGUUAACCAUGUGUUAUGUGGUGCUGUUUGGAGUCAAUAUGAUAAACACGGCUCCUCUGUGUUCUGUGGACAACGUCACAGAUCAUUUUGCUAAGACUCAGCUUCAGGAUGCAGGCCAGAAAGAGGCCAUACCUCGACUGCGAGAUCUGUCCAUUAGUGAAGUCAACCAUCAUUUCUACCUGACACACAAUGAACUCUGAGACCCCAGACUCUGGCAGUGAGAUGCAGUGUCCUUGCAUGAUGCUUCAUGUCUCCAAAUUUCUGAUCUGCAUUGAUCCAUAUAGAUGACCAGCAUCCAGGAUUGCUUUUCAUCAGUCCUGGCUUUUGGAGUUUGCUGAGGUUUUAGAUGCACCUUUUCCAUCACUCACUCAUGACAGGACAGACAUUUGACUUUAAGGUGAACCCUCAGCGUAAGGUAUGGUAAACACAUGACCCUCUGAGGUGGAGCCUAAUCAUGGCACUGAGCAGUGGGGAAAAGUGCUGAACAACUACACAGGUAGAAGGACUUUUCACAGUCUGAUUGAGAGGAAGUAAAAGUAGGAGUGCAAAGGCAGUGUGAGAACUUUUGUAUUACCAAAAAAUAUAAAUUGCUUUUAUAGUUAUAGCUCAACUUGUCCAUUUUGGUUAUUAUUGAUAGAGCUGUUUUUAGAACAUGCAGCUGAAAUUGCAAGUAUGAGAGAUUUCAGAAUGCUGUCUGGAUCUUGUACUUUGGGAAAUAUAGAAUUUUAUUUACAGUCACAAUUAUUUCAAACAAUUAAUUAAAAAAGAGUCAAUUCUGUGCAAAAGCCUUUGAAUUUUAAUUUAUGUCUUCUCUGUUAAUGCUGGUAGGAAAGAGUAAAAAAAAAAUUGAAAAGUAGAAAAAAAUCUAAAUGUUACAGAGAAAUCUUGUAUACAGUUAGAUUUAUUAAUAUUAUGGUUUACAGGAGUCUGUGAUGUAUAUGCAGGGAGUCCUUGACUGUACUGCUUUAUGAAAGUCACAUGACAGUCAUGGAGAUCACUAUCAGCUAUUAUUUGAUUGUUAUGGUUAUUAUUCAGCUGUAUGGUUACUAUUCAGCUGCAAAAAAAAGAUGCAAAACCUUUUUUUUUUUUGCCGUGCAAGAUCAUGAUAACUUUGUAGGGAUGGAGCCUAGAGCAUGAUAACAAGAUAAGCAGCAGCUCUGCAAAGGAACUGUGGAAGAUUCUCCAAGAUUCUCAGAACAACCUGCCAGUCAAUUUUCUUGUAAAGUCACAUGACAGAGUACCUAAAACAGUUGAUAAGGUUUAAAAGUAAAGGAUAGUCACACCAAAUAUUGAUAUGAUUUAUAACGUUUUCUUGUCUCUUUAUAUUGUUUUGUUUAGAUUUACAAGCAUUUAUUUUAAUUAUUUUUAAGAAUCUCCAAUUUUCCUUGUACAGUACUGUAUGGUUUUGACAGACCUAGACAUAGAUACUGAAUGAUCAGCAUAUACAGUAUAUUUCUGAUAUCCUAUAUUAAAUUACAGAAAUGA